AUGCGUGGUUCUAUAAAUACAUUGAUUCCUGGAUGGUACCGGGAAGCAAUAGGGGACUCGGUGCUGUCUUUUCUUGGGGAGCUAAGACAGCAAGUUGUCCUUGUGGGGGAGGUGGAUGCUGUAGGUAAAACAUGCCUACUCAUCAGUUACACAACCAAUGCAUUUCCUGGGGAAUAUAUACCCACUGUUUUCGACAACUACUCUGCUAAUGUAAUGGUUGACGGAAAACCAGUCAAUCUGGGUUUGUGGGAUACAGCUGGUCAAGAGGACUAUGACAGAUUACGUCCACUCUCCUAUCCACAAACAGAUGUCUUCUUAAUCUGCUUUUCCCUCGUGAGUCCCGCUUCCUUUGAAAAUGUCCGUGCUAAGUGGUAUCCUGAGGUGCGGCACCACUGCCCCAACACCCCCAUCAUUUUGGUGGGUACCAAACUUGAUCUCCGGGAUGACAAGGACACUAUUGAAAAACUGAAGGAGAAGAAGCUGACUCCUAUCACCUACCCACAGGGCCUUGCCAUGGCAAAAGAGAUUGGUGCAGUGAAAUACCUAGAAUGCUCAGCACUUACACAGCGAGGCCUCAAGACAGUGUUUGAUGAAGCUAUCCGAGCAGUUCUGUGCCCCCCUCCUGUAAAGAAGAGGAAGAGAAAAUGUCUGCUGCUGUAAAUGUUCCCCUCCCCCACCCCACUCCAAACCCUGUGCUCUGCUCAGAACAAUGGAGCAUUCACACUCAAUGCCAAGUUUUUCUGUUAUAAAUUAGUUCUUUUCCAUAAAUUCUUGAACCAAUCAACAAUUCUAUGGUUUCAUUUGUUUAAAGUCUGAAAGUUACCUUGCAUUCUUCUAAAAGCAAACUCCUGAAAAGACAAAAAACCUAUGUAAAGCCUUAUUUUUAAAAUCCUGUUCUUGCUCAAUUAAGUGUUGCCAAACUAUCUGCUGAACUAAGUUGCGUCGUUGUGCUACAAACACUAAGCACUAAACUGUUUUUUAAAGA